UUUAUCAAUAAUUCACAAUUUGCAGUGAUAAGCAAGUUUUUCAAAUUUUUCUUUCUGCGAAAAGCUGUGAAAAAUUUUACUCCAUUUAUAUUAUGUAGAUUAUAAAUAUCUGAAUCAAACACACAAAGCUUCAAGUUGAAUUUCAUUCGUGUACUUUCCUAUUAAAAAUUUUAAGAUGGCAGAUGAAGAAUUCAUCAAGUUUGAAAUCACCGACGAUGAUUUGAAUUACGAAUUCGCUCAACACAGAACGCGUAGAUUAACCAAAAAUGAACAAACUUACGGAAUAUGGGCUGAUAAAGAUUCAGACGCCAGUGAUGAAGAGCCUCGAGAUCGUAAACAUUUUAAGGGCAAAAAGAACUACCAAGCUCCUGUUAAUUUUAUCGCUGGCGGUAUUCAUCAACCAGGUGCUAAACCUACUGCUUCUAGUGAUGAUGGAGCUAAAAAAGAUGAUGAAGAUGAACCCGAAAUUGUUUCCGAUUCCAGCGAAGAAGAAUUGGUCCGUCCAUCUUUUGGUAGGAAAAAUCGUCCUAGUUUUCCUGAUUUCAAUGAAUUCAAUCCAAGUGAAAUGGCCGGUUUCCGAAAAGCGACUCAUAAAGAUCCAAACAUCACGUUGGUUGAUAAAGGUGUCGGUAAUUGGGAAAAACAUACCAAAGGAAUCGGUGCGAAGUUAUUGCUACAGAUGGGUUUUCAACCGGGAAAAGGUUUAGGAAAAGAUUUGCAAGGUAUUCAAGCACCUAUUGAAGCACAUCUGAGAAAAGGCAGAGGAGCAAUCGGUGCUUAUGGACCUGAGAAGAAAACUAAAGUAUCAAAAAUCGAGAAAUUAAAAGGUGAAGAUAUCGAUGGCGAAAAAAUGGAAAAAUCAGAAAGAACUUCGCUGUGGAGAAAGGAGGGCGUAGAAUCGAAAAAGAAAAUACGCUACGUUUAUAAAAGCGUUGAUGAAGUCAUUGAAGAAAGUAAAAAACCUGGGAAGAAAAAAAUAGAAAUCAGCGAGCUGAGUAAAGUAAAGGUAAUCGAUAUGACUGGACCUGAGCAACGAGUUCUUUCUGGAUAUCAUGCCAUAUCUGGAGUACAGAAGCCUGCAGAAGAAUGGGAAGUGAGAAAAGAUAAAAAAUUUACCAACUUUUCGAUGCCAGAAUUACAACAUAAUUUAAAUUUACUAGUCGACGUUUCAGAACAGGCUAUUAUUGAUAACGAUAAAAAAAUGAAACAAGCCGAAGAACGCCUUAAAAUUUUAGAUAAUCAGGCGAAAACUCUCAGCCAAACAUUAACUCGAGAUAAAAUGAUGAUAAAUAAUUUUCACAAGUUACUCGAUAUGGUCAAUUGUGUCGUAAAAUCAUCCAAAGACAAAACAUUAACAUUGAAACUAGCCGAAGAAAUUUUCUCUUCAAUGAAGGAGAAUCAUUUCAACGAAUUUUGUAUGUACGAAGUACCUGUGCUGGCUGUAAAUAUCGUUAGACCAUUGCUUAAGGAACAUUUAGAAAGUUGGAAACCUCUAGAAGAACCCACCAAACCAAUACCAGAAUUUUUAAAAUGGAGGACAAUUUUACAAUUGGAAGAUUCCGGUCAAACGUUAUUAAAUCCUUAUUAUAAACUAAUGUGGGAUGUUUGGGUACCUUGUGUUCGUUCUGCUGCCGAAUCGUGGCAAUGUCGUCAGUGGUCACCGAUGGUAGAUUUUAUCAUGAGUUGGGUUCCUUUUAUAUCAAAAGGGAUUUUAGAAAAUGUUUUACAAGAUAUCAUAUUAAGAAGAAUUCAACAAGAUGUAGACGAAUGGAAUCCGUUGACCGAUUGUGUUCCUAUUCAUUCGUGGAUAUAUCCUUGGAUUAGGUUUCUAGGUAAAAAUUUCGAAACCAGCGUGUAUCCGACUAUUAGACAUAAACUUUCCAAAGCUUUGAUUAGUUGGCAUCCGUCAGAUGGAUCAGCGAGAUUGAUGUUGCAGCCAUGGAUGAGUGUUUUCGAACCCGGAGAAAUGAAUGCAUUUUUGGUAAAUAACAUCGUACCAAAAUUACGAAGCGUUUUACUUGAAUUCGUUAUCAAUCCGCACCAGCAAUGUUUAGAUAAUUGGAAAUGGGUAAUGGAAUGGGCUGGAAUGAUUUCUCCUCACACGAUGGCUCAGUUAUUGGAUCAAAGCUUCUUUCCUAAAUGGUUACAAACUCUUAAUGCUUGGUUACAUAUGAAUCCUGAUAAUGAUCAAGUUAACCAGUGGCUUACCGGCUGGAAGAACCAAAUACCCGAUGAAAUCAAAACUCAACCAAUUGUCAACGAUCAUAUCAGAUCAGCAAUGAACAUGAUAAGUCUUUCUCGAGGUGGACCAGCGGUCUUAGUCGAAGAACGUAAAUCAAGGAUACCAAAUCCGAAGGAUUCUAUCGAAGACCUGAACAGAUUGUCACAACUUCAUUUAUCAAUGAAGGAUCGAAUACAAAUGAGAUGUGAGGAAAAAGGAGUCCUCUGGAUACCAGUUCCUAAUCGUUACAUGGAAGCUAAACAAGUUUAUAAAUGUGGUAAAUUACACGCGUAUAUCGAUGGAAAUAUUGUGUUCGUCAGUCAAGGUGGAGGAUCAUUUACACCUAUGUCUUGGCAAGAAAUGUUGGAAAAUGCUGUUUAAUUUGACUUAUUUGAAAAACUACAUCGACCACGUUACGCAACUGAAUUUGUAUUUAUUUUUUAUAUGUACUCGUAUUGUAAUACUGUACUUUGUGAUGUGUACGUCAAAGUCUUGCUUGUAAGUUGUAUGUAUGUCGGGUAUUAAACAUUUUAUACUAUCA